AUGGCUACUAUCAAACGAAAUUUAACUUUUAAAGAACUGUCUGAAGAAAAUCCAAAGAAACUACGAAGUGAAUUAAAUUCUAUUGAAAAUUUGUCGAAUGAAAUAUUUGAUUAUCUUGAUGGUUUGGAUAUUUGUAUAGCAUUUUCAAAUGUUAAUUAUCGUUUUCAACAAUUAAUUAUAUGUUCAUCAGAAGAAUUUUUGAAUAAUUAUAAACAAAUCCAACAUCAAAUCUAUUCAAUUGAUUGUUCAUUUGACAAUCUGCAAUCAAUUCGUAUUGAUAAUAUUCCCAAAGAUAAACUUAUUGUAUUACCUAUUCAUUUAUCUGAAUUACCUUGUCUUUAUCCAUUAAAUAUCCAAACAACAGAUUCAAUUGAAGAUUUAGAUCAUAUUUAUCAAUUAAUAUUCUCAUAG